CGGGGCGGACGCAACCGCUAAAUAUGUCCGGAAUCCACGCGCGGAACCUUGUGUGGAAAUGGGUUUUACUCAGAAAUAUGAUAUAACUUUACGCUCUACAUGUAAUGUGUAAUAUAUGUACCACGUAUAUGGUAAAGUAAUUUAAUGUAGCGUUUUGGUUGUGAUACAUAUGUCCAUUAGUAUUGAAUCGUAGGUUUUGACAGCAGACAGUUGAUGGCGCUGUGGAGCUAGCUUAGCUUUAGCACAAGGAAAGAAGAAGCAUCACUGCAGGAAGUGUGUAUCAUAACAACGUGCUUGUAUUCAUAUUGCCGGUAUACAUUCGCGUUACUGAAUCUGCUUACUUGUAACGAUGACGCACACCGAGGAAAAGCAACAACAUCUCUCCCUCUAUCUAGAAGUUUGUUCCCAAAAUGAAGAGCCCAGUCUUCCGCUGCACACCUCCAUCGCCCUGUUUCUCCUGUCCUACUGUGAGUGCAAGUCUUUCAAAGUGUCCCUAGUCUUCACCAAACCUGCCAGCUCCCAGUCCCUGAAGAGUCAGCUGCCAGACUGUUUGGAUGUGUCUCACGUUCAGCUGGAGGAUAUCCCCCAGCUGGUGAGGGGCUGCCGUCUCCCUGCUGUUUUGGAUGAGUCUGGGAGGCUGUGCAGGGCAGGGCUGGCGGUGGUGCUGAGACAUAUCAUCAACAAGACCUUGGAGGCUGACCCUUCUAGAAAUGAUGUGUUGGCUCUGCUGGGAUUCAAGAAGACCUGUCUGAAGGCCUGUGCUGAGGUGAGCAAGUGGACCAGACUGUGUGAAAUUGGCAUCCCCUCUGCCGUUGAAGAAUACCUCAAAAAUCCCUCAAAUCAAUAUCAGCAGCUGCCUCUCUCCAUCCUCACCCUCGAGCGAAGGCUAGCGGAGCCUGUCAAAGUGCACAAUGAUGACAAGAUACGGAGACAGAAACUGCAAGAGCAGAGACGGAACAUAAAGAAUGAGUCGCCCGAAGGGAACCCAGACUCUGAGUCCAAACGCAGACAGUCACCUCAGGUCAGCGACGGACUUGAGCUCAGGGCGGCUCUGGCCAAGCUGUCAGUGGAUUCAGUUCCCACUUUGCCCACCAGAGAGAACUCUGAGAUCAGGAAAGUGAAGACCACAGACCUGCCUCCGCUGGAGCACGUGUUUGCUGAAGGCCUGUACUUCACUCUGACAGAUGUGGUGCUGCUGCCAUGCGUCUAUCAUUACCUGUGUUCCCUCCAAGCCCACGCUGCGAGCUCUCUACAGCAGCUCCCCCACCUGCUGCGUUGGUACAGCCGUGUUCAGGAGGUACCCGGGGUCCUUCGGGCAUCCAAAGCUUGCGGGAUGGCUUUUUCCACCCCCGAAGUUCCCACGUCCUGCCUCCCGGCGCCUUCAGAGGAGGACAACCCACCUGGCCUAUUGGAGCAAGAAGAAGGCCCGGAGAAGAGCCCACAGCUUCCCUUUGUCGGAGGCCCCAGACCGACAAUGACUAAACUCAAAGAAAAUGGCAUCGAGGCAGUCUUUGCUCCUCACCCUUGCCCGGCCUGGACCCUCCCGUGGGACAGUUUACCAGGCGCUAUCAACCCCACCGAAGGGAAAAUGUCAAACAUCCGUGCAGUCAGGAAGAGGCAACAGCUGAAUAACUUGGUUGCCGUGGUUACCGAGCUAGCCAGGCCGGGUUUCACCAUCGUGGACUUCUGCAGUGGAACGGGCCAUGUCGGGAUUGUUCUGGCUCACACACUUCCAGAUUGCCAGGUGCUCCUCAUAGAGAACAAAGAAGAGUCAUUGGUCCGGGCCCAGAGUCGUAGCGCCGAGCUCGGUCUGAAGAACAUCGGCUUCAUUCAGGCGAAUUUGGACUACUUCACCGGAGCGUUUCACAUCGGGGUUGCCCUCCAUGCAUGCGGCGUUGCGACGGACAUGGUGAUGGACCAUUGCAUCCAUGCAGGAGCCACCUUUGUCAUCAGUCCAUGUUGCUAUGGCUUCAUCCAGAACGCAAUCAAGUUUACCUUUCCCAGGAGCAAAAGGUUCCAAGAGACUCUGACGUAUAAGGAACACAUGAUCCUCUGUCGCUUCGCAGACCAAACUGCUGUCCAGCUCCCUCCUGAGAGGCGACUCAUAGGUAAACAGUGUAUGGGCCUCGUAGACUUGGACCGCUCGUGGGCAGCAGAGACUCAUGGGUACUCGUUGCGAGUGAUGACUAUGGAGCCUGAGAGCUGUUCACCAAAGAACAAUAUGCUGGUGGGAAGGCCGCCGCACAAGCGUGGACUGGAAGUCGGUGCUAGUCACCAGGAAGUGCUGGUGCAUAAUUAGGACAGCGGAGCAUCUUCAGUGUGGUCAGGGUGAUGAUGAAGUGCCUCUGCGGCUCCUGACAAUACAACUGUUUUAUCCACCCUCAACAUUUUCUUUUUAUUUAUUUUUUUUAAAAGCCCUUUUUUUGUAAGAAACUGGCCUCGGAAACAAUAAUGAGGAAUAAAUGAAUGUUUUUUCUUAUUAUA